UUUUCCACUAGCCGGCCCCCUCUUUAUAUUUGAACUCAAAACCCCGGAGAUACCACUACAGCCGGUUACAGGAUACGCUGCAGUUUGAUUCAAUAAUAAAUUAUACACGGACUCGUCUCAUAUCGACUCUAGAAGACUCUUUGCACAUUACAUAUAUUUUUUUCUUUGAUCAUCACAAAAUCAACAUGUCUCAGCAACCAAUCAGCCUGCCAGCCAAGCUUAUUAAUGGUGGAAUUGCUGGCAUCGUUGGGGUGACUUGUGUCUUCCCUAUUGACCUGGCUAAAACCAGGCUACAAAAUCAGAGACCAGGUCAACAGGUCUACAAAAGCAUGGUUGACUGCCUUGUGAAGACAGUUAGGUCGGAGGGGUACUUUGGCAUGUACAGAGGUGCUGCGGUCAAUCUCACCCUGGUCACCCCUGAGAAGGCCAUAAAGCUGGCUGCCAACGACUUCUUCCGCCAUCACCUCAGCAAAGACGGUAAGGGGCUGACGGUGCUCAGGGAGAUGCUGGCCGGCUGCGGGGCGGGCAUGUGUCAGGUGGUCAUCACCACCCCCAUGGAGAUGCUGAAGAUCCAGCUGCAGGACGCUGGAAGAAUAGCUGCCCAGCGGAGCCCCGGCGUCAUGAGCUCGGUGAAGCUGGUCGUCCCCAACCCCAUACUGACCCGCUCCUACAAUGUGGCGGCCUUGCCGCGGCCCGCGUCGGCCAUGCAGAUCGCCCGGGAGCUGCUCCACACCCAGGGCAUCCAGGGCCUGUACCGAGGCCUGGGGGCCACCAUCAUGAGAGACGUUCCGUUCUCUGUGGUGUACUUCCCGUUGUUCGCCCACCUGAACCGCCUGGGGAAGCCCAGCUUAGAGCAGCCCCCCCCUUUCUACUGGGCCUUCCUGUCCGGCGCCCUGGCCGGCUCCACGGCCGCCGUCGCGGUGAACCCUUGCGACGUCGUGAAGACAAGACUGCAGUCCUUGAGCAAAGCGGGCGGUGAGGAGACGUACACGGGCGUGGUGGACUGUAUACGGAAGAUCCUGCAGAAGGAAGGACCCUCGGCCUUCCUGAAGGGCGCGGGCUGCCGGGCGCUGGUCAUCGCGCCUCUCUUCGGUAUUGCACAGGUCAUGUACUUCCUGGGAGUGGGAGAGUACAUCCUAGAGAACUCUCCUCUCAGUCUCAUUUCCACAUAAGGAGACUGCGUUGAAGCGUCCCCCGUCAAGCAGGCUGACUAUGCAUUCCCCCCCCCUCCCCCAAGAUGAGAGGAAGUCUGUUUGACCACGGAUGGGCAGCUAUACACCGAAUCAGUGUGCCAGAGGAACCCUGGAGGCGAUACGGGGUUACGCACUUUGAUGCACUUCACAUGUUUCCCUGAUCCAGCCAGUGACCAAUGGCAGUAUAGUUUGGUUUGUUCCAGGCUUGUACGACUCCAGAAUGCCGUGUUCUGUAUGCAUCUUGUGUACGUCUUGGGUUUCCCUCUGUGAGGGAAAGAAGAUCUAAAAGUGAACGUAUUCUUUUUUUUUUUGGUCAAAAAAUGCUUGACAGCAGUACUGUGUAGUCAUAUUUAUAUCUGACUGAAAUACUUGUUAAAGCAGAAGGGCUGUUAUUUAUAUUUAUUUUUUAAAGAAUAACAAACUUAAUGGCUCUACUAUUUGCUUUGACUGAUAUAUUUUUGAUACAUUUUGGAGUGUUUUUUCCAUUGGACCAUCCAGACAACUGUCUAGUCUGUACCUGAGGUGUUGCAUGUACUGUUUGUUUUGCCAAUACUUAAGAUGCAGAUUUCCACACAUAAUACGGGUUUGUCCAUGUAAACUCAAAAUGGUGGUGAGACCAUAGCCCGUAGCCUAAGCCUCAAACAUUCAUACAUUCAUCUUUUUAGUUUGUUUUAUUAAAAUGGUCAGUUAAUAUUUCAAUAAGACAAUCUGUGUUAUGUUCCAACAAAAUGUUUUUUACGUGUGUCGUAUGUGGAUUUCUAGCUAGCUAUUUAAAUAAAGCACAGCUCUCUCUGGCUGAGUGAACCUAUGACUUGUGCAGAUGACUCCUAUCUACAAAAGCAAUUGUCCUAAGCGCCAAAUGUAUUUCUUAGUUUAGUUAAGAAUAUGUGUGCGUUAAAUCAUCUCAUUUGCACACUAACCAAUGAACAGCCUAAAUAUUCAGCACACUACAAACAGCUGACACUUCACAUGAUAUUGCUUAAAAAGAGCAUGUGAAAACAUUGCAAUGUGGGAUUAUUACUGUGGACCGUGAACAAGAUUAUAGCAGUGUUUUGCAUCUCCUCACCCUCUGGGCUGAUAAAGAUCACAUUGUUCCGUUAAGGCAAAUACUUCAUUAAACUAGGAGAUGAGGGUUAGCUUGAUUAAAUUGGAAUAGGGAGAGUAAAUGUUUAACGAUAGUGUAACUCUGGGCACAUCAUGAAUUUUAUGAAACAGUCCUUAAAACAUUGAAGCCUUCAUCUAACUCAUAGACAUUUAAGUUUUAUAUCACUUAACAUUGAUCAAAUAAAUAAUUGUAAUGUACUGGAGUUGCCUUCAACCAGGACGGUUAUCGUUAUUUACAGUUAUACUCUAUUGCAUUUCUUUUAAACUGGCUAUAAACAAACAAAGUAGCCAUUUAUAUUUGGCAAGUGUGUAAAAAAAAAUGCUUUCUUGUUCAUUUUAGUGCUAAUAGAUUUUUUGCAAACAAAGAAGGUCCUUCCAAUUGUAAUGAAUUCAUUCCUUCAAAGCUUAAAAUAUGGGAAACACUGUCUCCAAUCAGUGGACAGGCUAAGUAUUAGCUGUACAUUAAGAUGUAUGUUGGAACGGCUGGUAGGAGUGUGAGUAGUGCCGAAUGAGUAUUCCUAGAUGAUCUCCCGGCUGUUCCUGAUCGCACAACACAGAACCAUACUGAAGAUCAUGCCAAGCACCUGCAAGAAACCAGAGGGAUACCUUUACAUUGUAUGUUACAUUGACAUGUUUAAAAACACUGCAUAGACAUGAAAUAGUGUCAUCUCUGGGGAAAGAAGAGUCCAUUCAGAGCAAGGAGACGAUAGUCUAAGCUCAUGUGUUCAUCACUCAUGUGGAAGAGACCUCACCAUGACUCCUGCAACUCCAAUCCCAAC